AUGGGUUUUUUUCAGAAUCAUUAUUUCAACGAUCUGGUAUCAUAUCUGGUCGGGAAUUUAUUACAAGGCUUCUCGAGUGCCGGCUGGAAGGAGCAGCACAACAUGCAUCACGCUGCAACCAACGUGAUAGGACGUGAUGGCGACAUUGAUUUAAUGCCACUCUGGGCAGUGGUGCCGUCAGAUCUGCAUGCAAGUAUAUCUGUUCUUUCCAUGGGUGCAUCUUCGUUCAUCCAAUAA